AUGACCGAGUCAUCAGUGAUGCCGAAACCACCCAGACCUCCGAAGCCAUCAUUCUCUAGUAUCUGGACUCAGAUGUAUCCUCCAAGUCCUGCCUUUACCGAGAAAGAUGUCUACGUCGUUACAGGAUCCAAUACUGGUGUGGGCAAAGAAGUGGCACAGAUCCUGUAUUCGAAGAACGCCAAAGUUUAUAUUGCAGCUCGGUCGGAGGAGAAAGCCAUGCAAGCGAUCAAUGAUAUUCAAACUGCAUGGCCUCAGUCAAAGGGUAGUCUUGAAUACCAACACCUCGACCUUGCCGAUUUAUCUGGCAUCAGAGGAUCAGCUGAAGCCAUCAUAUCAAAGGAGAGCAAGAUCCAUGUUCUGUUUAACAAUGCUGGUGUGCAAGCACUAAACCCGGACGGACCUACAAAAACUGCCCAGGGACACGAAAUCCACAUGGGCGUCAACAUCAUUGGCACAUUCCUCUUCACCAAACUACUGACACCAACCCUUGUCGAGACCGCAAAGACAGAAGAGCCCAACACUGUUCGAGUCGUCUGGGUUUCAUCUCUUGGUUUGGAAAUGGUCGGCGAAAAAUCUUAUGGCAUCACUCUUGACUAUCUCAAGUACUGGCCCUCCUGCACACCGCUGGAGAGGUAUGGCAUCAGCAAGGCAGGAAACUGGCUGUUCGCAGUUGAGUUUGCUAGACGCUACAAGGCAGAUGGAGUUGUCUCUGUGCCUUGCAAUCCCGGACAUCUCCGAUCUGAUCUAUACCGCGAUGGAGGCACAAUCUUCAAAGCUAUCAUUAAUACUUUCGUCGCGUAUCCUUCGGUCUACGGCGCCUACACUGAGCUCUUCUCUGGUCUCUCGGCUGAAAUAACACUCGAAAAGUCUGGUGAUUGGGUCGUGCCAUGGGGAAGACUUCACCCUUUGCGUGAGGAUCUGCUUGAAGCCACCAAACCAGCAUCUGAAGGAGGCAAUGUACAUGCCAAAAACUUCUGGGAGUGGACGGAAGAACAGGUCAAAGACUUCGUGUAG